CCGGCAACGGAAACGGCUCCUGAGGCGAAGUUCGAGCUGCAGCCGCCGCCACGGCCGACCAGCCGGACGAAGCCUCGGAAGGAACGGAGAUGCGGCAACCGCGCGGCGGCGCUUCUUCGUCUUCUUCGGCCCGGCCCGGCUCGUUUCUCCUGUCGCUGCCGCUCCUGCUGCUGCCGUUGCUGUUGCUGUUGCUAGCCUGCGGGCCGGGCCGGGCGAAGGAGGCCGAGGCGGGCGCUGUCACUUGCGGCUCGGUGCUGAAGCUGCUCAACACGCGGCACAACGUGCGGCUGCACUCGCACGAGGUCAAGUACGGAUCCGGUAGUGGUCAGCAGUCUGUGACUGGAGUCGAAGGAUCAGAUGAUGCCAACAGCUAUUGGCGCAUCAGGGGCAAAAAUGACGGAUCCUGCCAACGAGGAGUACCAGUAAAAUGCGGGCAGACAGUCCGCCUUACUCAUGUCAACACUGGGAAGAAUCUGCACACCCACCACUUCUCGUCACCGCUCUCCAACAACCAGGAAGUGAGUGCCUUUGGCGAUGACGGCGAAGGGGACGAUUUAGAUGUGUGGACAGUCCAGUGCAGUGGCACCUACUGGGAACGAGAUGACGCCGUGCGCUUCAAGCACAUGGGAACUGAUGUGUUCCUUUCAGUGACGGGGGAACAAUACGGGCACCCCAUCCGGGGUCAGCGGGAAGUUCACGGGAUGCAUUCCGCUAAUCACCACAACUACUGGAAAGCCAUGGAGGGGGUUUUCAUCAAGCCCAACUCGGACUCCACGAAGCAUGAUGAACUCUGAAUAUGUCCUGAUAAGCAUUUCCUCUCCCCUCCCCCCCUCCUGUAAAUUCCCCUCCCUCAAAGCUCAGCAUCUUAAAAGGGCAUGGAGACACCUUUGGGAGGGCAGCGUCUCAUGCUUCACUUCGAAGGAUCUAAAUCCGACUGGUUCCUCUUCCUUUUCCCUAGCCAUUUCUUCUUCCUGUUUCAUUCAUUUGCAGCCCGCUGCCCCCUUUUUUCCCCUGAAGGAAGGAAAAAUGAUUUGCUGUCUAUAUUCUUAAUUCCGAGGUGCAAUAAAACCUAACUUUUGUAA